CCAUGUUACAUAUUGAUAUUAAAUCAAAUUAAAAACAAACGUUAAUGAGUUUCAAAGUUUUUAAAAAACUUUAAGAUUAUCUUUGGAUUUCAGACGUACCGAAGAGGAUCAUGCACAAUAAAUAAAUUGCACUUGAUUAGCAUACACAUCUUAUAUUAUAUUCUUGAUAAGUGAUUUAACUUUAUAAAAAAAAUUAACUUUUUCGAAAAAGAUGAUCAGGCUGGAUAAGCAGAGUCGUCUCUUUUUGUUAGUUGAAUCACUAUUGAUGCAAAAAUAUAGAUAGAGAUACAACAUGGAGAGUUUUGUGUUCGUAAACUUGUGCAACGUGAGUUGGACGUUGAACGACUUCACAGUUUAGGUCGAAUAUCAAAAACAAGCUUGAACACUUAAAAGAUUUGACUCUAUCUUCUUAAAUUAUUUGCUCCCUUGCUCACCGGCCGUUAGGACCGGCCGGAAAUUAGUUAACUAGUUUAUUCUUCUGAAUUCAUAUUCAACCCUUCUUUUCUCUCUAUCCAGUACUAAUUGUAUGUUUAUGUUCUUCACUAUAUGAUAAGAAUGCAGUGUUAAUGUAAAUCAUAUUAUUUUUCAUUAAAGAUAUAUUUCCCACAUUCAACUUUAGUCAGCUUUGAAUGUCUUUUAUAGUCUUGCUCUAAAGACGAAAAACGAUCUCCUUCCCGAUUUACCUUAGAUUCGUCAAAAUUGAGGCAUCCAAACUAGGUAUAACUAUUAUACUCCUUCUAAAUAUAAAGAGUCAGCUAAAACCAAAUAAAAUAUUGUUGAAGAACGAAAUCAGAGGAUGCCCGAUAGACAAUAUAAAGAAAAUAAAUCAAGGAUUUAUUCAAACCAAAUGCAAAUAUUGACUAGUGAAUCAGUUAACAGAACAGAUUGCUCGCAAUUAAAAUUAUAAAUAGUCUUCAAAUCUUCAUGUAAGUCACACAAACAACAUAUAAUUACAAUAGAAAAUACAAUUUACUCAAUAGAAAUGGAGAAAGUAGCUUUCAUAUUCAUUGGUCUUAUACUUUUCUCAACAUGCACUCUUAUUCUAGCACAAUCUUGUGAAACGGUCUCGGAUUGUGUUCAUCUGAAAUGUGUAACGAAGAUAAAAUGUGAGAACAACCAUUGUAAAUGCGUCAAUUCAAAACACAUAGCUUUACCACUUGACACGAACUGUGGUGUUGCUGCUUGCAUUGACUUUUGCAAGGCGAAAGGUGAACAAGCUUAUGCUUGUAUCUUAAACCAGUGUUAUUGUCGUAAACCUCCUAUCUACUAAGUAACAAUAUUGGCAUGUUCAACUACUGUUAUUUCCACAAAUUCCCGUUCAAGACUUUUAUUAUAAUAGUCUUUUCUAUCAAAUAAAAUAAUAAAAGAAGAUAUCAAUGUUUCAAUUCUACGAAAUUUUUCAUCAGUUGUCUUUUUCGAGGGCAUUUUUCUCGGCGUGGAUUAAAUUUCAAUCAUAUACUCAAAGUAGUAUAAGAGAUGUCAAUCCAAUCCUAAAUUGUUUUAAGCAAUGAGAAUAAAAAUUAUUUGCCUAAUCUAAACAAUCAAGAUGUAGUUGAAUGGUAUCAAGUAACUAGCAAGAAAUCAAGUUCACAAGAGCAAUGAAAC